AUGGAUCAGCGGGCGAGGUACCCUCCCGGCAUCGGCAACGGCCGCGGCGGGAAUCCUAACUACCACGGCCGUGGCCCGCCGCCGACGCAGCAGCAUCAGCAUCAGCAGCAGCAGCAGGCGCAGGGGCACCAGCAGCAGCACAUGGAGCGGCAGUCGCAGCGCUCGCAGCACCACAACCAGCAGCUUCAGCAUCAGCAGUGGCUUCGGCGGAAUCAGACCGCUAGCGAGGCCGCCGCGGGCGCCGCCAAAGCCAGCGAGCACCACGCGCCGGCUGCCGCCGAUGACGCCGAUUUGAGUCCGCAAGACUGGAAGGCCCAAUUGAAGCUUCCACCUCCAGAUACACGCUACCAGACCGAGGAUGUCACUGCAACUAAAGGAAAUGAAUUUGAAGACUAUUUUCUGAAGCGUGAACUUCUUAUGGGCAUAUAUGAGAAAGGAUUUGAAAGACCGUCUCCUAUCCAAGAAGAAAGCAUUCCUAUUGCAUUAACCGGCAGCGACAUUCUUGCAAGAGCAAAAAAUGGAACAGGCAAGACUGCUGCAUUUUGUAUACCUGCGCUAGAGAAGAUUGAUCAAGACAAAAAUGCUAUUCAAGUUGUUAUUUUGGUCCCCACGAGGGAAUUGGCUUUACAAACAUCACAAGUCUGCAAGGAACUUGGGAAACACUUGAAGAUUCAAGUCAUGGUCACUACUGGAGGAACAAGCCUAAAGGAUGAUAUUGUCCGUCUUUAUCAACCUGUGCAUUUACUUGUGGGGACGCCUGGUCGUGUUUUGGACCUUACAAAGAAAGGCAUUUGCAUUCUGAAGGACUGUUCAAUGCUUAUUAUGGAUGAGGCAGACAAGCUUCUUUCUCCUGAGUUCCAACCUUCCGUGGAGCACUUAAUUCGAUACCUUCCAUCGAGUCGACAGAUUCUAAUGUUCUCUGCAACAUUCCCUGUGACUGUCAAGGCUUUCAAGGACAAAUAUCUGCCUAAACCCUAUGUUAUUAAUCUUAUGGACGAACUUACACUGAAGGGAAUUACCCAGUUCUACGCCUUUGUUGAAGAAAGGCAGAAAGUCCAUUGUCUGAACACUCUUUUUUCCAAGCUGCAAAUUAAUCAGUCUAUAAUAUUCUGUAACUCUGUAAAUCGUGUUGAACUACUGGCGAAGAAGAUCACAGAGCUUGGUUACUCUUGCUUCUACAUCCAUGCUAAAAUGCUGCAGGAUCAUCGUAAUAGAGUAUUCCAUGAUUUCCGUAAUGGUGCCUGCAGGAACCUUGUGUGUACAGAUCUUUUUACAAGGGGAAUAGAUAUCCAAGCUGUUAAUGUUGUCAUCAAUUUUGAUUUCCCCAAGACCGCUGAAACCUAUCUCCACAGGGUUGGUAGAUCUGGGAGAUUUGGCCACCUUGGCCUGGCUGUGAAUCUGAUCACCUAUGAGGAUCGGUUUAACUUGUAUCGGAUUGAGCAGGAGCUUGGAACUGAGAUAAAACCCAUACCUCCUCAGAUAGACCGGACGAUAUACUGCCAAUAG